AUGUCUAAUUCAUUGACUCCAGUCUUUUUUGCAAAGCCUUUCCUUAAUGAUCGUUUGGUUGUAGAAUGGAGUAGGCUGUUCAAAUGUCGAUGUUGUGGACUUAGAGCUACACGAGGACGAAGAGAUGGUGGAGGUGAUGGAGAUGGCGAUGGUGAUGGUGAUGGGGGUAGAGGUGGAGGGGGAGGUAGAGAUGGAGGGGGAGCUAACAAAGUAUGGUCUCACCAUUGA